AUGCCGAAGAAGGGCAAGAGGCUCAAGCAAAUUGCCGCUCUCGCGGCAGCUGAGCGGGCACGCGACCGGCAGGCACGCCACCAAGCUGUUCCAGCCCCUCUUGAAGUUCUCCGACAAGAAGCGCUGUCGACGCCAUGGUGCUGUCCACGUCUAGCCGUGGACGAGAGUGAUACGUCUUCGUUAGAAGACAACUCAUCCGACUUCGGCGAAGUGAGUUUGAACGUGCUGAGCUUGGUGUAA